UCGGUCACCACCACUUGCUUCUCACCUCGUCUCCCUUCCACUCACUCCGUCGCCUCCUCUCAUCCCAAAUACCACCACCCAAUCCACUCCCACACCGCACGUCCGCACUCCACACACUCACCAUGCCCGCCCAGCUGACAGCCGCUCUACCAUCCUACUCCCCGGCCGCCAAGGCCGCCGGCGGCUCGUCGGCGUCCUGCACCGCCAGCCACUUCCUGUCCUACCCGACCCGCCGGCUCCGCAAUGGCGUGCGCGCGCAGGUGUCGACGACGGAGACCGCGGAGCCGGCCCCCGCGGCGCCGGCCAAGCCGGUGAAGAUCUCCAAGAAGCAGGACGAGGGGGUGGUGACCAACAAGUACCGCCCCAAGGAGCCCUACGUGGGGCGGUGCCUGCUCAACACCCGGCUCACCGGCGACAACGCGCCCGGGGAGACCUGGCACAUGGUGUUCAGCACCGAGGGGGAGGUGCCGUACCGGGAGGGGCAGUCCAUCGGGGUGAUCGCCGACGGCGAGGACAAGAACGGGAAGCCGCACAAGCUGCGGCUCUACUCCAUCGCCAGCAGCGCGCUGGGGGAUUUUGGGGACUCCAAGACCGUGUCGCUCUGCGUCAAGCGCCUCGUCUACACCAACGACGCCGGGGAGGUCGUCAAGGGCGUCUGCUCAAACUUCCUCUGUGACCUGAAGCCGGGUUCAGAAGUGAAGAUCACUGGGCCGGUGGGCAAGGAGAUGCUCAUGCCCAAGGACCCCAACGCAACCAUCAUCAUGCUCGCGACGGGUACCGGUAUCGCGCCGUUCCGCUCCUUCCUCUGGAAGAUGUUCUUCGAGCAGCACGAGGACUACAAGUUCAAUGGCUUGGCAUGGCUCUUCCUGGGGGUUCCCACAAGUGACACUCUGCUCUACAAGGAGGAGUUUGAGAAGAUGGUGGAGAUCGGCGGGGAGAACUUCCGGCUGGACUUCGCGGUGAGCCGUGAGCAGACGAACGCGGCGGGGGAGAAGAUGUACAUCCAGACGCGGAUGGCCGAGUACAAGGAGGAGCUCUGGGAGCUGCUCAAGAAGGACAACACCUACGUCUACAUGUGCGGGCUCAAGGGCAUGGAGAAGGGCAUCGACGACAUCAUGGUCGACCUCGCCGCCAAGGACGGGAUCGACUGGAUUGACUACAAGAAGCAGCUGAAGAAGGCCGAGCAGUGGAACGUCGAAGUAUACUGAUCAUCAUCAUCGCCGUCAUCAUCAUCAUCAUCGUGCCAUUACCAUGGAAGGACUUGCAUGCAUAUGCUAAUGUUUCUCCCACCUAGUUUUCGUUUUUACUCCAGUUUGGUUGUGCAAAGCUCAAGCUUCGGCCAUAUAUACGCCUUGUAUGUAGCGAUGAGUGAGUGGCACGGUGAGAAUCAAUUGAAAAACCAAUCGUUGGCUCCUCUGGUCGACCGAUCAAUGUAGAUAUUGACACACAUUUCUCCCGAGCUCA